ACUUCUCCCGAUGAAUCCUCGCUGAUACUCAAUCCGCCCAUGGCGGAGGACAUCCAAAUUCUGGAGCAUUAUCUGACGUCGACCGGAGCGGUAGGUGCGACUACCGGGAAGCCGUACAGCGUCAUACCCAGUGCGCCUGGGAAGCCGAUUGUCUACCUCAGGGUGCCUCGACGGCGAGAAGGGCUCGGAAGUGAAAUGAGGCCCGGUUCGAAGCAGAGAGAGAUCAUGGAACAGGUGCUAGGGACGUUCAAGGAGGAUGUUGUGAAGUUGUACUUUGACAAGCUGCAUCCAUGUUUCCCAAUCAUCGACGAGAAGACUUUCCAUGAGCUCUGGCAGAGGGACCCCGAUCGCAUCUCAUCCACCAUUGUCUGCGACAUGUAUGCAGUAGCUCUGAAAUUCUGGAACACAUCUGGCCAGCUCAAGUCUCAUCAACGACCAGACCUCGCUUUCAUGUGGAAUCAAGCCGUGGCUGGAUUACAGGAGGACUUUCUUGGAUCCACCAUUUCCACUGUUCACGCCGCUCUCCUCGAUUUGAUCGGCAGACCUGUGCUAUCCAUCACUGGCAACAUUGUCACUCUGGGUCGAACGAUCACUCUGGCACAUAGUCUUGGACUCCAUCGAGAUCCGUCAAGCUGGCAUGCGACUGAACACGAGAAAAAUGUGCGGAUCAGGCUUUGGUGGGGAGUCCUCAUACAUGAUCACUGGUCAAGUCUAGCUCAUGGCACUCCGCCGUUGGUGCAGCGGCAAAAUUACGAUGUGCCCUUGCCUGAUGCGUUGAACGGCACAACCGCGUCGAGCUUUCCACAGCUCUGCGCACUAUCACAGAUCCUUGGCACUUUGCUUCCACUCGUGUACAGCCUGCACGGCGGCCAUGAGGAGACCAUGAGGCAGGUCCGGAAGUCCGAGUGCGAUCUAGACGACUGGCAAAGACGCCUACCCACCUCUCUGCACUACAAGCGAGACGCUUCCACUGGUACUCCGAACGGAGUAAGCAACCUCCAGUUCUGCUACCUGUCAGUCAAGCUUCUGCUCUGCCGCAUCGCCUUCAAAGCCGCUAUCUCAGAGUCAGCGAUCGCCGAAGCACGAUCCUAUCGUCUAGCCAUGCUCCGCGAAGCAGCGAUCGCCCUCACAGACUUCGUAACCGCUCUGGAUUCAACCCAGCUGGCCGAGUUCUGGCUGCCUUACACGGCGCACCUACUCGUCACCGCCACCACGAUCCUCCUUCGUUGUCUUCUCGAGUCCACGGACGUUACCACCAAACACACGUGCGCCGAGAAACUCGUGCGGUUGGUGAGCACAUUAAAAGUCUCGAAAGAAGAGCACGACUGGGAUCUUGCGGACUUUUGCCUGGAGAGAUGCUCGGAGCCCAUCAGCAAGAUUUCGAGUGCGUUGGGUAUAGUGGACGAAGCCACAGGCUCUUCUGCCGGAGCUGUUGCACAAGCGCCGGUGGCAGACGAGUCGAUCGCUGCUGGCCUUCCUGGCCCGGUAGAGGACUGGCCUUUGGAUGUCUUGUUUCCCGUGGACUCGCUCGACUACCCUUUCGAUGCAAUGUGGGACAUGCCAUUGUGAGCGGGACAUCUCGACCCAACUCUCUUGGAUGUGCUAGAAUGAGUGCCUUCGUCCGUGUAUUCGUCCAGCUCGCACUGAAUUGAGCAACUAGUCGACUCGCUAGCUCUUCCCGACGAGAAGCCGACGGCGUCUUUUAUCCGUGUCUUCAUCCAUUCUCCCGUCUGCUCAUCAUGCGAGCGGUACUUUUCGUCCGCGUCGCACUUUGGCGUCCAAGAGCGGUGCAGUGGUACUUCAGGGGGUCCAUGUGUCAGCUUGG